UCACUGUGCUAGCUUAACACAACUCGCAGCAAGUGCAACGAACGAGCGCCGACGCCGGAGGAGAGAAACUAAACUCGACCCGACGAGAAAUGCAGGCCGUGAAGGAGAAGGUGAAGGACACGGUGAGCGCGGCGAAGGCGAAGGCGAAGGCGAAGGAGAAGCAGGCCAAGGCGGAGGAGCAGGCCGAGAAGGCGACGGCGCGGUCGCGCACGGAGAAGGAGCUGGCGCACGAGCGCGGCAAGGCCAAGGUGGCGGCGGCCAAGAUGGAGCUGCACCAGGAGAAGGCCGUCCACCGCGAGGAGGCCAUCGAGCACAAGCACGGCGUCCUCGGGCACGGCCACCGCCACGGGGUCGGCAGCGUCCCGGCCGCGGCCGUGCCGCCUCCGGCGUCGGCGACCGGGCCGCUGCACCCUCCGGCCAAACACUAG